AUGGCACUCGACUUUGUGCUCCCCCCUAUCCACGACAACGAGGACGGCUCGUGGGGCCCUUCGUCCUCGACCCUCGCCGCUCCCUUCAAGGACAUCCCCUAUGCCCCCUUCUCCAAGUCGGACAAGCUCACCCGCAUUGCCGACUGGCACGACCCCGCUCUUGAGGGCGCUGCUUCGUCGACUGCCCGCGGUGGCCGCCAGACCACCACCGCCAACCGCCGCCCCGGCCGUGAGGCCUACGGCGCCUCCGAGGUCAACGCCUUUGGCUACGUUCACGACGAGGACGAGAAGAGCUUCUCGCUCGUCGACUCCACCCGCCCUACCCGCGGCCGUACCUCGGCUCUCCGUGGCCGUCCCGCUCGCGGUGGUCUCGCUCCCGGUCCCCGUGGCGCCGCCGGCCGUGCUGGCGCUGCCCGCCCCGCUGCUCCUGCUCGCGGCGGCGCUCGCUACAGCACUAGCUCGCGUGGUGGCCGUGGCGGUUACGGCUACGACAAGCCUACCCGUACGCGUGACUGGUCGGUGACCCCGGCUCAGGACUGGGAGCUGCUCGAGGAGAUUGAGUUCAACCGCCUGAACAAGCUCUCGCUCGGUGUCGACGCUCCCGAGGACCUCGAGGCCCACGGUACCCUCAAGGGCUACGACCGCGCCGUGUUUGACCGUGUCAACACCCGUGCCGAGAAGCCCCUCGAGAUCACCGAGCGUGCCCGCUACAACAUUACCACCUCGGAGGACCCCGUCAUUGCCGAGCUCGCCGAGAAGAAGAAGGCCACCAUCUUUGCCACCGACUCGAUCCUCUCGGUCCUCAUGUGCGCUCCCCGUUCGGUCAACUCGUGGGACAUGGUCCUCGAGCGCCGUGGCGACCAGCUCUUCUUUGACAAGCGUGACGGCGGUGCCUUUGACUUUGUCACCGUCAACGAGAACGCUGCCGACCCUCCCGCCGACUCGGACGACGCCCUCAACGGCGCCGCCUCGCUCUCGCUCGAGGCCACCUACAUCAACCAGAACUUCCGUUCGCAGAUCAUCCAGGACAAGUCCAAGGCCUACACCCCUCACCCCAACCCCUUCUACUCGCCCGAGGAGACCGAGCCCCUCGCUCCCGUCCUCUACCGUUACCGCAAGUUCGACAUCUCCGUCGGCGAGGAGGAGGAGCUCGACCUCAUUGUCCGUACCGAGGUCGACGCCUUCCUCGGCAAGAAGGACACCCCUAUCACCGUCAAGGCUCUCAACGAGUACGACUCGCGUGCCCAGGGCGCCGGCAAGGCGCUCGACUGGCGCAAGAACCUCGACACCCAGAAGGGUGCCAUUGUCGCCAACGAGAUGAAGAACAACUCGGCCAAGCUCGCUCGCUGGGCUCUCCAGUCGUACCUCGCCGGCGCCGAGCAGAUGAAGAUGGGCUACAUCUCGCGUGUCAACCCCCGCGACAACCAGCGCCACGUUAUCGUCGGCAUCCAGUCGUACAAGCCCGUCGACUUUGCCCGCCAGAUGAACGUCUCGCUCGCCAACGGUUGGGGUAUCGUCCGCACCAUUGCCGACCUCGUCCUCAAGCAGCCCGAGGGCAAGUACGUCCUCGUCAAGGACCCCAACAACCCCACUAUCCGCCUCUACGCCGUCCCCGAGGACGCGUUUGAGCCCGUCGAGGAGGAGGAGGAGCUUAUCAUCCACGAGCAGGACGAGUAG